ACCAUCUGUACUAUUUAUUAUAUGUAAGUAUAAAAAUGUAUAAAUGAGUGAUAAGCUGGAAAAGACCGAGAAUUCUGAGGACAACUUGAUAAUAAGAGCAUAUAACGUGCCUUCUGAGUAUACAAUUUCCAAGCUCCAGGAGCUUAUAAAGGAGAACUGUUCGUCUGCUCAGCUGGACCGUGUGAUCCCGCCUGAGCCCUGGGAUGAUCCUGUGGAUACGUGUUGGUUAAUUAUUUGUAAAAACUCUAAAACUUAUAAAUCGCUUUUGGCUUUGGAGGACAUUUGGUUGAAAGUUGAUAAAAACGAUAAGUUGUCUUCUGCAGUUACCUUUUUACCUGGUCACCAAUUUGACCUUCCUCAAAUACCUUCCAAAUCUGAUGAACAGGUCCUUCUCACCCAGUUUCCAUAAG